AUGGACGUUCUCGCAUCUCCCGUCUCCUCCCUCCUCCUUCCCUCUAACCAUCGCGAAACACUUCACCUCCUCAAAUCCCCUCUUUCUUCUUCAUAUUCCAACCUCUCUUCCUCCAAACCUAACCCUCGCUUCUCCCUCUCCUCCUCGUCCUCAAAACCCCUGGUCUUCCUCUGCGCCUCCUCAACUCCACCUCCGCCUCCCUCCACCCUCGCCGCACGGACUCACCACCGCGCUGCCACCGGCUAUGCGGCCGCCCUCAUCGAUUUCUCCAGGCGCGGCGGAGCAAAAUCCCUAGCCGCCAUUGCUGACGACGUCCAUCGUCUCGCGACAUCCAUCGCUUCAAUCAUCGCCGAUUCUUCCAAGGUCGAUGAAGAGCGGGCGGCGGCGGUGCGGGCUGCCCUGGAGAGCGGGGGAUUCGACCGGCGGUUGGUGGCGCUGGUUAGGAUGUUGGUUGCCAAGAACAUGGGGGUGGAGGGGGUCGCGGAUGUAUUGGAGGAAUUUGGGAGAAUUUGGAGGGAGAUGACUCUGCCGGCAGUGGAGGAGGUGGAUGUCGUGGUGGCAUCGGAGAGAAAGAUGGGGAUCGAGCAGCUGGCGAAGGUCGCGGGAGAGGUGCGGCGGGCCUCUGGAGCUGUUCAGGUGAAUAUGAAGCAUUUCUUCCGGCGGAGAUCUCCAAGGUUUGCAGUGUGA